GACCAUCAGACUGUCCAUGCCAAGUCCUCCUCCUUUCUUGGGGCAGUUCUUCCCAGGACACCAGAACUCCACACAUCAUCUCUUUUCUUCCUAAGCAUCCUGAGCCUGAAUUCCAGUUUUAGGUAAAGACCUUUCCUGAGAGGAGAGCCUUCACAGAGGUGCCAUUGCCAUCAGAUCAAGGUCACCGCUGCCGAGCCUCUACCAUUCCAGAGCCAUGGCUUGGGCCUCCAGCUUUGAUGCAUUCUUUAAGAAUUUUAAGAGGGAAAGCAAAAUCAUCUCUGAAGAACACAUCACCCUGAUUAAAUCCUACAUAGAGAAAAAUGAUCUCCAGAAAGCACGUUCUGUAAUCAAUGAUGCAAUAAGAGACAUCGAUAAUGCUCCUCUGAACAUCGCUGUGACAGGAGAAACAGGCACUGGGAAGUCCACUUUCAUCAAUGCCCUGAGGGGGGUGGAACAGGAAGAAGAAGGUGCAGCUCCCAGUGGACCGGUAGAGACAACCAUGAAGAGGAUCCCAUACCCACACCCAAAGCUUCUCAAUGUGACAAUAUGGGACUUGCCUGGCAUAGGGUCCACUGCCUUCCCACCAGAAACCUAUCUAACAGAAAUGAAGUUUCAUGAAUAUGACUUCUUCAUUAUCAUCUCAGCUACACGCUUCAAAGAAAAUGAUGCACAACUGGCCAAAGCCAUUGCAAAGAUGAACAUGAAUUUCUACUUUGUCCGAACCAAGAUAGACAAUGACUUGGGUAAUGAAGAGAAGAGUAAACCUAAGACUUUCAACAAGGAGAAUGUCCUGAUGAAAAUUCGAGAUGAGUGUUCGAAGCAUCUUCAGGAGGCUCUCGGCACUAAGCCUCCGGUCUUCUUGGUCUCUAACUUUGAUGUGUCUGACUAUGACUUCCCAAAGAUGGAGACCAAACUCCUAGGGGAUCUGCCACCUUACAAGCGCCACAUCUUUUCGCUGUCUUUGAAAAGUGCUACUGAAGCCACCAUUAACCACAAGAGAGAUUCCCUGAAACAGAAAGUCUACCUAGAGGCCCUGAAGGCUGGAGCAAUGGCCACCAUUCCUUUUGUUGGAGCGAUCAGAGAUGCCAUAGAGGAUCUGGAUCAAACAUUCAACCUCUACAGGUCUUACUUUGGGCUGGAUGAUGACUCACUGAAAAAAAUUGCCAAGGAUUUUAACAUGUCUAUGAAUGAUUUCAAGGCACACCUUAGGUUUCCCCAUUUGUUUCUAGAAGACAAUGAGUCCUUAGGAGAAAAGCUAUUGAAAUUUAUCAAGCGUGUUUCCAUGGUUACUGGCGGACCAGUUGCUUCUGGCUUGUACUAUGAGAAGACUUACUAUUUGCAUAAUCUCUUUCUUGACACUGCAGCAAAUGAUGCCAUAGCUCUUCUUAACAAGAAAGAGCUUUUUGAAAAGAAGGAGGAACCAUAUAUAUCUAAGCCCCCUGAUUACUGGGAAUAAAGGAAAAAUGAGGCAUGAGUUCCAAUCAGUGUUUUCUUUUGGCCUCACUUUGGGCACUGACUUAUAGCCAAUUCCAAAGAAACAAACCUUCUCUGUGGAGGCCAGAGAGUUCAU